GAGGCCAUGUGAUGCUGGGCGAGAGAGAGCCGCCACCGCCGGAGCCUCCUUUCUUCCCUCUGAUUUCGGGCUGUCAUGGCGACCCCCAAUAACCUGACCCCCACCAACUGCAGCUGGUGGCCCAUCUCGGCGCUGGAGAGCGAUGCGGCCAAGCCGGUGGAGGCCCCCGAAGCACCCGAGGCGGCCAGCCACGCCCAUUGGCCCAAGGAGAGCCUGGUUCUGUACCACUGGACCCAGUCGUUCAGCUCGCAGAAGGUGCGGCUGGUGAUCGCCGAGAAGGGCCUGGCAUGUGAGGAGCGGGACGUGAGCCUGCCGCAGAGCGAGCACAAGGAGCCCUGGUUCAUGCGGCUCAACCUGGGCGAGGAGGUGCCCGUCAUCAUCCAUCGCGAGAACAUCAUCAGCGACUACGACCAGAUCAUCGACUACGUGGAGCGCACGUUCACGGGAGAGCACGUGGUGGCGCUGAUGCCCGAGGCGGGCAGCCCCCAGCACGCGCGGGUGCUGCAGUACCGCGAGCUGCUGGACGCGCUGCCCAUGGACGCCUACACGCACGGCUGCAUCCUGCACCCCGAACUCACCACCGACUCCAUGAUCCCCAAGUACGCCACGGCCGAGAUCCGCAGACAUUUAGCCAACGCCACCAUGGACUUCAUGAAAUUGGACCAUGAAGAGGAGCCCCAGCUCUCUGAUCCCUACCUUUCUAAACAGAAGAAGCUCAUGGCCAAGAUCCUGGAGCACGAUGAUGUGAGCUACCUGAAGAAGAUCCUGGGGGAGCUGGCCAUGGUGCUGGACCAGAUCGAGGCUGAGCUGGAGAAGAGGAAGCUUGAGAACGAGGGCUUUCAUCGUCAGCAUCUACUCCCACUGUUCUUGUCAAGGUCACCAGUCGCCAAAUGCAAUCGCCAAUUCUCAGCCUCCUUUUCUGUGACUUCCCGGCAGCACCUGAAGCCAGCUGAGCACUCUGUCCUUGGAACACCUUCUUAUCUUGGCUUCUGGGACACCACACUCUCCUGGGUCGUCUCCCACCUCACCGGCUACUCCUUCUCAUGCUCCUUCGCUGGUUGCUUCUUGUUGCCCAAUAUCUAAAUCUUGAGGCCCCGAAGCUCAGUCCUUGGUUCUGUUCUCAGCUCUGUCUCCACUCACGCCCUUGAUGAUGCUGUGCACCUGUGCCUCUAACUGCAGACACAUCAUCUCCCCCAGAAGUCUAACAGGCAUCUGGAAGAUUCCAUAUUCAAGAACAAACUUCUGAUCAGAGCCUUCAUUACACUUUAGCUCCUCCUCCCGUGAGACCGUGAGCCUCUGGAGGGAAGACAUUUGUGUCUUGUCAUGUCUUCAUGCCCAGCACAUACUACCAGAUAAACAUUUGUUGGAUGAAUGAAUGAACAUGAGGACACAGAGUGAAAGGGGGAGGCUCAGGCUGUGAGGGUGAAGGGUAUUAGAUUCAUGGAAUUUCUGAGCUGAAAGGAACACCUCUACAAAAGGGCAGAAGCAAGCUUCCCAAGAAAGCAGACCUCACCGGAAGGGGAGAGGAAGGGGAGAGCAUUCCAGGCAUGGGGUGCAGCAGGGGCAAUGGCCGAGAGGCCGAAAUGGGCAUGGCUUGCUUGAGGGGAACAGAGGGCAAGUGGGCAAUUUGUGAGAAGUGAAGAUCAGAGAAGUAUUGGGUUGGCCAAAAAGUUUGGGUUUUUCGUAAGAUGUUCUAGAAAAAAGCAAACGAACUUUUUGGCCAACCCAAUACAUUGGAGCUCGUCCAACUACUGAAAGGGCUUAAAAGCCACGCAGAGGAAUCUGGACAUUAAUGUGUAGUCAGUGGGGAGAAUUUCAGGUUUUUGAGCAAAGCAGUGAUGAAGGAGACCAAAGGGGCUCCAGAAUUUCAAGUCUAGUGUUUCCUAAGUACACAGGCUAAUUUUAGAUGUCACGUGACCAUGGCGAGAAAUAAUAUAAAACCACAUGAUGAGAAUUAUUCUUUUUAAUUCUUUUGAUUGUAUUAAAGAGUGUUAGUAUGAUGCUAGUAUUUAAUUCCUAUAAAGGGGUUAUGUAUUAAUACCUGCCCUUUUCUUCAAACAAAUAAACAAAACAAGUCUUGGGCUCAGGGAUUUUGGGCGGGCAGUAGUAUCCAGCUGGAAUUUAAUAGCGGUUGUUUUGUUUUUUGUUAAAUGUACUUUUACCAUUGCACAUAGGUUACGGCAAAUGAUACUCUUAGUGAUACAGUUUCUUUUCUCAUUCAUCACUCAUUAAGUAAAGAUUUAGUGAGCCAGGCACUGUUCUAGGUGCAGGGGAUACAGCUGUGAACAAGACAGACCCAAAUUCCUGCCCUCAUGGAGCUUCCAUUCUGGUAGAGGGUGACAGGCAAUAAACAAAAUGAGCACGUACAGUAUAUGGUGGAACACUGGGGAAGAGUUUUAUGGAAGAAAACAGAGCAGGGGAGGAGGACGGUGACUGCUGGGAUUAGGGUUUCAAUUUUAACUGGGUGGUCAGUGGUCAGAAGACGGCACUGAGCCAAGACCUGAAAGCGGUGGAGGAGAAAGCCCUGUAGCUCUGUGGGGGAAGAGUGUUCCAGGCAGAGGGAACAGCAAGUGCAAAGGCCCUGGGGUGGGAACGUGCCUGGAAUGAGGAACUGCAAGGAGGCCAGUGUCGUUGAAGAAGGGUGAGUCAAGGGAGGGGACUUCCCUGGCGGUCCAGUGGUUAGGACUCGGCACUUUCACUGCCGUGGCCCUGGGUUCAAUCCCUGGUUGGGGAACUAAGAUCCCGCAUGCCGCAUGGUGCGGCCAAAAAAAAAAAAAAAAAAAAAAAAAGAGUUAGUCAAGGGGGAAAAUGUAGACUCCUAGGUCUGAAAGGUACCUGGGGGCCAGAUCACGUAGGACCUUUAGACCAUUAGGAGGGCUUCAGCUUUUACUCUGACUACGACAGGGGGUCAUUAGAGGGCUUUGAUCAGAGAGAAGGACAUAAUCUGACUUAAGAUUUAACAGGAUUCCUCUCUCUGCUGUGCUGAGAAUAGAUUCUAGGGAGUCAAAGGCAAACGAUAAUGGUCGUUAGGACCAGGAUGGUAACAUGGGAGGUAACAUCAAACUUUGGAUGUAUUUUGAAAAUAAAGUUGAUGGGAACUGCUAACAAAGUGUAUGUGGGGUGUGAAAGAAAGAGAAGAAUUCAACAUGGCCUGAGGCUUUUGGCCUGAGUGGCUGGAAGGAUGGAGGUGCUGUUACUGACAUGGGGAUGAAUGUGGUGGGUUUGGGGGUGACGAUCAGGAAUUCAGUUUUGGACAUGUCACGUUUAAAAUGCACAGUGGACACGCAAGUAGAGCUGGAAAAUGGGCAGUGGGAUAUAUGAAUCCAGAGUUUAAAUACAUAUAUUUGCAUUUAAUAAGUCAGUUGAUUUAAAGAAAACAAAUAAUAGAGCUAGUAUAUGCAUCUGGCAAAAAUCAUGAGAGAAGUACAAGAGUGGGUGACCUUGGGGAAACACUAUGGCAGGCAGACAGAAGCCAGAGGCGUCACUGAGAGAGGAGGGAGUGUAUGGGGGAAGAAGAGCUGACCCCUCCCCUCCCCCAUCUCCUGUCACUUCCA